AUGAGCGAAGACUGCCUCACAAUCAACGUUGUUCGUCCAGCAGGAAUCGCAUCCAACGCUUCUCUUCCCGUUCUCGUCUGGAUUUACGGCGGGGGCUUUGGCGAGGGCGGAAGCGGAGAUCAGCGAUACAACAUGUCCUUUCUCGUUGACACGUCCGUCGAGAAUCACUCCCCAAUGAUCAUGGUCAGCUUCAACUAUCGGCUUUCGGGAUGGGGCUUCCUUGCAGGAUCAGAAAUAGAGGGGUCCGGCAACGCAAACGCUGGGCUUCAUGACCAGAGGCUGGCGUUGGCAUGGAUUCAAGACAACAUUGGACACUUUGGCGGAGAUCCCACCCGAGUCACCAUCCAAGGAGAGUCUGCAGGAGCCGGGUCGGUGGGGCUCCACCUCAUUGCGUACGGAGGCCGGGAUGACGGCCUCUUCAGCGCUGCGAUUGCAGAAAGCGGCGGACCGUUCGGAUACCAGGGUUACCAAUCAUCCACUUCUCAGGAAGAAUAUUACAACUCAGUGUUGAACGUGACGGGGUGUUCAACCGCGAAUGACACCUUGGCGUGUCUUAGAGCCGCUCCCAAUGAAGCGCUCGACGAGAUUUUCGGCCAACGACUGUGGUACCCAACAUUGGACGGCACUCUUAUCCCCGACCUGAACUCCAAGCUCCUCCGAGACGGCCGUUUUGUCAAGGUUCCUCUGCUGAUCGGAGCCAAUACAAACGAAGGCUCAGUGAUGGUGGCCCUACUAUCGAGCAUCGGUGUUAAUUCGACCGAAGGGUUCUACAAAGCGGUUGAGGCCCUCAACAACGGAAGCCCUCUAUCAAAUGCUACGCUACAACGGUUCGAUAAGCUCUAUCAGGAUAUCGUCGACCUAGACGAAGGGUCAUUAGGACCCGUUCUUCCGAGCCCCGGUUUUCCCUAUGGAUCCCUGUAUGGCAAGACCUCACUCGUCCUUGGAGACGGCUUAUUCGUUGCUGGCCGUCGUUUUGCUGCUCAAAUGUGGGCAAAGUUUGGCGUGCAGGCCUACAGCUAUCGCUUCGACACGGUUCCGGCAGCAAUCGAUCCCUCUACGCUGGGAGCUGCUCAUAUCCAAGAGAUUGCAUUCGUCUUCCGGAAUACAGAAGGAGUCGGGUACCAGUACAAACCAUUCGCAGUGCAAGACGCGGAAAUUCGGCAACAGCUCCUUGAUCUUGCGAAGACAAUGAGUUCUGCAUGGGUAAGCUUCGCAACGACUCAUUCUCCUAAUAGUCAACAAGCUGGAUUCGCCGAACCCUGGCCUGCCUACUCGUUACAGGCGCCCACCAAUAUGGUUUUCAAUGCAACUACUGGCAGCUACCUGGAACCUGACACGUACAGAUCUGACGCCCUGGAUUUCUUUAUCCAGACCGCUCCAGAGUUCUCGCGCUAG